AUGUCGCCUUACGCGUCCGUGAUUUACCUGCUCCUGGGGCCCGCGCUGUCCAGCUCCAAGCCCAUCGCGGUGGUGUACGAGUCUUCGGCCUCCUACCUGUCAGACCUGGCCAGCAGCCAAGCAAGCGCCUUCGUGGACUUCGAGCCCUUUCCCUCACAAAACUCCCAAAACUCCCAAAACUCCCAAAAUCCCAAAGAGAAGAGGGAUGUGGUCGCUGUGGUGGGCAUGCCCAGAAACUUCACCAGCCUCCAGGACUUCCCGAACCUGAAGCUCAUCCAAAGCACGACCUACAUGUACCCACGCCUCGCCGCCGUGCCGGCGGGCACAAUCGUGGCGAAGUACGAUGCCCCGUGGCAUGUCUACGGUGUCGAGAGCAUCGCCGAGUUCGUUAUUGCCGCGGCCUUUCACUGGACUUACAGGCUGCCACAGAAGUCCUCACAGUUCGCUGCGUGCGGCUUCGGCAGCGGGGCGCCUGGAAAAUGUCCGCCAGACAGUGAGUUGACUGCGCAUCCGACGUUGAUGAGCCAGACCAUGGGUAUCGUGGGCUACGGCAACAUUGGCGAAGCGGUGGGCAGGCGCGCUUUUGGGUUGGGCAUGAAGGUCCUGGCCACACGACGGCACGGCCCCUUCUCUUCGUGGCUCAUCAGCGACAUUGAUAGACUUCUGGCAGAAAGCGACUUCAUUGCUGUGACGGUUCCAGGUUCCGUGGUGGGUUUGAUAAACAAGACAUCCUUGGCAUUGAUGAAGCCCGGGGCUGUGCUCAUUCCCGUCUCCGCCCAGCCCGUGGACUUCGAUGCACUGUACCAAGCACUGCUCACAAGGCCGAUCGGCGCAGUUCUCGACGUGUGGCCACAGGGUUGCUGGCACUUCCCUGACGCAUUCUGCGGUCCGCCCUAUGGUAGCGAAGCCCAGGCCUACGUGCAGCCGCACAUUGCUGAGCUCAAGAAUGUCCUUGUGCUCCCUGGCGUUGCCAUGAGAGACGCCAGAUUCUGGUCAAACAGCGCGACCUGGGUGAGCGACAACCUCGUCGCACUCCUGGAGGGUUCUCCACUGAAAGGUGUUGUGCGGAACGCGUCCUCAAGCCUGGAUCAGGUUCUGGUGUAA